GCCGCACCAGGUUACGGUUCUCGCCCGGAGGCUGCGCUUCUGUCGAGGGACAGAGAUUCUUUCCUCUCUAGUUUCUGCCAGGCCGAUUUGGUGGGGAUGUCAGGAAAGGUGGGGAGGAGGGUGUGGGGGGAGUGGCAGGGCAGAGGCAUGGAGGGCAAAGACACCUCAUGAUGCUUGUACCAGAGCCUGGGGUCUGAGUCCUGUCUGCGCCCAACUUGCUGUGUGGCCGCAGGUGUGGUACCCACGAGAAAUGAAUGCCACGCCCGUUAGUGAACAGACUACCUGGUGAAGUGGUGAGCUCAUCGUUAGCGGAGGCAUCCAAGUGGCCACCCGUCAGGGAUGCGGAGGAGGCCACCCGGGUCUGGUCCGGGGCUGCCCCCGGGCGAGUCUCAGCCUCCUUCAGGCGGGAGGCAAGCCUGCGGCUCCCUGCCUGGCGAGACGCCGAACCCUUGGCUUCCACACCUGCCGGUCCGCAGGCGCCGCCGGGAGCGCCUUCCUUCCUUCCCACGCGACUCUGCGCCAUGUGGGAGACUUUGCAUCCUAUUCCAGAUGCUGGCAAACAAGAAGGAGAGGAAGAGGAGGAGGAAGGUGGCAUGGGGCCGUGUCUGCCAGUCACCCCAAAGAACUGCCUUCCACGGCGGGGUAUCAGCGUCCUGGAGAAGCUCAUCAAAACCUGCCCGGUGUGGCUGCAGCUGGGUCUGGGCCAGCUGGAGGCAGCCAGGAUCCUGCAGCAGGAGGCGGCUGGGAUGUUCCUGGUCUGCCGGGACAGCAGCUUGAAGCACCUGGUGCUCUGUGUCCACUUCCCUUCCCUGACUGAUGGCUCAUCCGAGGUGCUCGAAUACACCAUUAAAGAAGAAAAAUCGAUACUGUACCUGGAAGGCUCGGUUCUUGUGUUUGAGGACAUCUUCCGACUGAUUGCAUUCUACUGUGUCAGUAGAGACUUACUGCCCUCCACGCUGAGGCUACCCCAAGCCAUCCUUGAGGCCCACAGCUUCACAGACCUGGAGACCAUCUCCAACCUGGGCCUGGGCUUCUGGGACUCCUCACUGAACCCCCGGCGAGGAGGUGGGAGCCCAGCGGAGCCCCCAAGAGACCCAGCCCCCGGAGCACCGCCAGCCUCCAGCCUCAAGUCCAGCACCCAUUACCAAAACUGCUCCUGUGAAAUCGAGCUGUCCGUAGGAAAUGACCGCCUGUGGUUCGUGAAUCCCAUUUUCAUCGAGGACUGCGGUGGCAGUGCCCUGCCUGCCGACCAGCCACCCCCUGAAAGCUGCCCCUCACGUCCCCUGCCUCCCCCUUCCAAGUGGGCCCCUCGCCGCCCAGCACCCCCUCCCCCAGGACCCCCUCUCCAUCCCUCCUGCCCCCUCCGGUCUCCUCCAGCCCCCGUUCCUGCUCUGGCCUGUCCUUUGCCCAGAUCCCUCCCGGUGGCUGCUCCCCCUCCUCCUCCCCCGCCUCCAGACCCCCUUCCUCCCGCACCCCCAGAGUCCACCCCCCACCCCGCACCCCAUGCCCCAGGACCCCCAGACCAUCCAAGCCAGCCACCCAUGACAGCCUGUGAGAGGCUUUCACGCCCCCCCACGGGCCUGGGCCCCCUCAGGGAGGAAGAGAUGAAGCCAGGGGCAGCCCCUAGCCCCUUGCAGCAGCCCCCUGCCCCUCCAACCCCCGUGAAGAAGAACCUCCCGGCGGCUCCUCCCAGACGCCGCAUCUCUGAAAAGGUCUCCCUGGAGGACCAGAGUGCAGGGAAGACGGACAGGGGGAUGGCGGCAGAGGGGGACCAGCUGGGUGUUUCCAGGACCCCCACACUCAGCCUGCCUCCCCAGGGGACUUCAGACAGUCCUGGGGACGGGCCUCCGAGGACCGCAGAGCAAGGUCAGGAAGCAGCAGCCAAAGCCAGUGAUCCGGGCAGCAUGCCAGAGCCGCCGAGGAAGAGCCGACAGCCCCCAGUCCCGCCCCCCAGGAGGAAACGGAUCUCCCGGCAGCUGGCCUCCGGGCUCAGGAGCCCCUCGGAGAGCACGGAGCCUUCCCCAAAGGGGGAGGCCCCUGACAGACCCACGCCCGGUCCACUCAGAGAAGGCCAAAGCCCCGUCCCCCAAGCCCGGACUCAGAGCCCGCUCGCCCCGUCUGGUGCCCGACCCCAGAGCACUCCGGAGUUCAAGGGCUCCCUGGCCUCCCUCUCGGACAGCUUGGGAGUGCCCGCCUCGGCCACUGACCAGGACUCCUACUCGACCAGCAGCACGGAGGAGGAGCUGGAGCAGUUCUGCGGCUCCGGGGGGAAGAAGAAGCCCUCGGUGAUCCUGGGCAAGGCGCGCCACCGCCUCAGCUUCGCGAGCUUCACCAACGUCUUCCACGCCUUCCUGUCCAACAACCGCAAGCUGUACAAGAAGGUGGUGGAGCUGGCCCAGGACAAGGCCUCAUACUUCGGGAACCUGGUGCAGGACUAUAAAGUGUACAGCCUGGAGAUGAUGGCGCGCCAGACCUCCAGCACCGAGAUGCUGCAGGAGAUCCGCACCAUGAUGACCCAGCUCAAGAGCUACCUGCUGCAGAGCACCGAGCUCAGGGCCCUAGUGGACCCCAGCCUGCACUCCGAGGAGGAGCUAGAAGCGAUUGUGGAGUCAGCCCUGUACAAGUGUGUCUUAAAGCCGUUGAAAGAAGCCAUCAACUCGUGCCUGCGUGAGAUCCACAGCAAGGACGGCUCGCUGCAGCAGCUCAAGGAGAACCAGCUGGUGGUCCUGGCCACCACCACCACCGACCUGGGCGUGACCACCAGCGUGCCGGAGGCGCCCGUCAUGGAGAAGAUCCUGCAGAAGCUGGCCAGCAUGCACAAGGCCUACUCGCCGGAGAAGAAGAUCUCCAUCCUGCUCAAGACCUGUAAGCUCAUCUAUGACUCCAUGGCCCUCGGCAACCCAGGCAAGCCCUACGGCGCAGACGACUUCCUGCCUGUGCUCAUGUACGUCUUAGCCCGCAGCAACCUAACGGAGAUGCUUCUCAACGUGGAGUACAUGAUGGAGCUCAUGGACCCGGCCCUGCAGCUGGGCGAGGGUUCCUACUACCUGACCACCACCUACGGGGCCCUGGAGCACAUCAAGAACUACGACAAGAUCACGGUGACCCGGCAGCUGAGCAUGGAAGUGCAGGACUCGAUCCACCGCUGGGAGCGCCGGCGCACGCUCAACAAGGCCCGGGCCUCGCGCUCCUCCGUGCAGGACUUCAUCUGCGUGUCGUACCUGGAGCCCGAGCAGCAGUCGCGGACGCUGGCGUCGCGGGCCGACACGCUGGCCGAGGCGCUGUGCGCUCAGUGCGCGGAGAAAUUCGAGGUGUCGCAGCCCCAGGACCACCGGCUCUUCGUGCUGGUGGACGGGCGCUGUUUCCAGCUGGCGGAUGAGGCGCUGCCGCACCGCAUCAAGGGCUACCUGCUGCGGAGCGAGCCCAAGCGCGACUUCCACUUCGUGUACCGGCCCCUGGAUGGCGGCGGGGGCGGCGGGGGCCCGCCCUGCCUCGUGGUGCGGGAGCCCAACUUCCUGUGAGCGGGGGUCCCGGCCCCUCCGGUGGCGGCGGUCCAAGACUGGCCCGCGGCGGCGGAGAAGCGGAGAAGCGGGCGGACCGGCUCCCGCUCGCUCACCCCGCCCCCCGCCCCCCGAACACACGCGCACUCCCAUCGUGGAUCGGACACCCAGCUGUCACCCUCGCUUGCGGCACAGUGAGCGUGCUGGGGCCUGCACAGCAGAAGAGUUGUGAAGAUCCCAGGAGGAGCGCUGAGAAGCAAGUUCUUCCUCAGCCAGAAAGGGAAACUGAGGCUCGGAGAGAGAAAGGACUCUCCAGCCAGCUGCAGCAAACAGAGCCCUAGCGGGGCGCCCUGUUCACUCACAGCCCAACCCCCCAGGCCCACCCAGUCCUCAGUCUUCUCUGGGAGGGGCUGACUGUCCCCAGGACUGUCCUUAGGAGGAGCGGCCCGGCCACAGCCGCCCACCGCGCCCCGGGAUGGAGCUGGGAUGUUUUGGACCCUCCCUGCGUCUCAGGAACAUUUCUCAGGGGACGAGCCCCCCAUCCCUGCACUGGAGACUGCCCUCAGCUGCCCGUGCCCCCAGUGUCUCCCCCCCCAGUUUCCGAGUCCCUCCAGAAGCAGCCAGACAAACACCAGGUCCACCAAGCAAAGGCCGGCUCAGUGUCUACAAGGACAAGUUCAGCUCCGGCCCCAGGAGACACUGAUGCAGCCCUUUCCCUGGUGGCCAUGCCCCAGGGCUGUAGCAAUGCAGCCUGAGAAGUCGUGUGGGGUGAACUUAAUAAAAGCCUUUUUUAAAAUGGCA